ACCAUUCACUACUAUACUAUACCAUACUAGUUUGCAACAAAGUGUAGCAUUGAGAGUGUGUGUGUGAUAGACAAAAACAAUGGCGAAUUCACUGCAAGCAGCGGCUACGCUCAUGCAACCGGCCAUGGUCGGCCGGAGCAGCCUGCAGCUACGGUCCUCUCAGAGUGUUUCCAAGGCCUUCGGCUUGGACACGGCUGGUGCCAGGCUGACUUGCUCUCUGCAGUCCGAUCUCAAGGACCUGUCUCAGAAGUGUGCCGAUGCUGCCAAAGUUGCGGGCUUUGCUCUCGCCACUUCUGCCCUCCUUGUCUCGGGAGCCAGUGCUGAAGGAGUUCCAAAAAGGCUGACCUAUGAUGAAAUCCAGAGCAAGACAUACCUAGAAGUAAAAGGAAGUGGAACUGCUAACCAGUGCCCAACCAUUGAAGGUGGAGUUGACAAAUUUGCAUUCAAACCCGGAAAAUACAACAUGAAGAAGUUCUGCUUGGAACCCACAUCUUUUACGGUUAAGGCCGAGGGUGUGAGCAAGAAUUCCGCACCUGAGUUCCAAAAAACCAAGCUCAUGACACGCUUGACCUACACACUUGAUGAGAUCGAGGGUCCCUUCGAUGUAUCUCCAGAUGGCACAGUCAAGUUCGAGGAGAAAGAUGGAAUUGACUACGCCGCUGUCACUGUUCAGCUGCCUGGUGGUGAGCGCGUGCCCUUCCUCUUCACCAUCAAGCAGCUGGUGGCGUCUGGCAAGCCAGAGAGCUUUGGGGGAGAGUAUCUUGUACCAUCAUACCGGGGUUCAUCUUUCUUGGACCCAAAGGGUAGGGGUGGUUCUACUGGUUAUGACAACGCGGUUGCACUACCGGCUGGAGGAAGAGGAGACGAGGAGGAACUUGUUAAGGAGAAUAUAAAGAACACUGCAUCAUCGACAGGGAAAAUCACUCUAAGCGUUACCGGUAGCAAGCCUGACAGUGGAGAAAUAAUCGGAGUAUUCGAGAGCAUUCAGCCUUCUGAUACUGAUUUGGGAGCAAAGACUCCAAAGGAUGUAAAGAUCCAAGGUAUCUGGUAUGCUCAACUUGAGUGAUUGGGCAUUUAUCAGCAUUGAUGUACUUAUUCUUGGUUUAGAUUUUGUUAUAAGUUUAAGUCAUCGUGGUGAACUUUCCUGUAAUCCUAUGGGAGAAGCAGCAAGACUACUAUCUUGCUUGUAUAUCGUCAUGGCUUCUAAUGAUAAUGUUUUUGAGCUUUUUCAA